AUGAUUAAAAAUAUUAAAGAGGGGUUAUCACAUGCAAGAAAGGAUAAAAUUAAAAUUCAAUAUGAAAUAGAAUUUAAAAAGAUUACCAAUUUACCAGAUGAUUUAGUUGACCAAUCUAUAACGAUUAAAUGGGAGAGAGGAAAGAGUGAAAAAGGUGAAACUAAAGAAUUUAGAGUAUUGGGUGGUCAAAUUGAAAAUUUACAUGCAUCUAGAAAUUUAGCACAUUCAAUCUCUCUAAAUCAAUUAACCUAUGAUAAAUCAAAUAAAACAACUUCAAAUCAUACUAGAGCAGGUUAUAAUACAAUUAGUGGUAGUAUUAGUAGUGGUAGUAAUAAUAAUAAUAAUAAUAUUAAUAAUAAUAGUAAUGCCAAUACAAACAUAAUAUCAAGUGCAACACCAUACAUUGAAUUGGAAAAAAUUCCAAGAACUUUAUCAAGAAAACAAAGUAAACUAUUAUUGGGUAAUAAAAUCGAUGGAAAUAAUCCACAUAUGUGUAGUGGUGAUGCAAUGGCUAUCAUUCCAAAUGAAAAAACCAUCUUUAAAGUUCACUUAUUUUCAAAUACAAUUCAUUCAAAACAAGAUCAUUCAUUACAAACUAACUAUGAACAAAAAUUAUUAAAUUUAUAUUUAUAUAAUAAUAAUAAUAUUUUAUGUCAUACUCAAAUUGAUUUGUCAUUGCAUGCAGAAGAAAGCACAUAUAAUACAGUAGCAAUUCCAUUUCCUUCUUCAUCUUUGGCACAACCUACGUUAUAUAUGAAUAUAAAAACAACAUUUUUAAAAUAUAAUGAUAAACCUAUAAUUAAAGCAUCAAAAGAAGUUAUUUCUAAAAAAGAAUUGGGUAAUUUUUUACAACCCAAUGGAGCAAACAAAUUAUUAGAAUAUCAAGGUGAGGUUUAUUUUUAUCAAAGAUAUAAUAAUAUUAAUAAUAAUAAUAAUAAUAAUAAUAGUAAUACUGUUGGAGGAAGUGCAGAAGGAACAAGUACAAAUAAUAUGGAUAAUAACACCAGCAACAACAGCAACAAUAAUAAUAAUUUAAAUACUAGUAUCACUAGAAGAUACUCAACUAAUAGCGGGAAAGAAAGUGUAAAUAAAGUUUUAAGAUUCGAAUUGGAUGAGACUCCAAACAAUAAUAAUAAUAACAAAAAUGUAGAAAAUGUGGAAAAUGUAGAAAAUGUAAAUAGAAAUAAUAUUAAUAGUGAAAAUAAUGAUAAUACAAACAACAACAACAACAACAACAACAACAACAACAACAACAACAACAACAACAACAACAACAACAACAACAACAACAACAACAACAACAACAACAACAAUAAUAAUAAUAAUAACAAUGAUAAUACAAAUAAUAUCAAUGAAAAUAAUAAUUAUAAUAAUGAAAGAAAUUCAGCGCAAUCAACUGGUAGCACAUUGGAUGAAUUAACAGAAGAAGAUCAUUUUAAGAAUACUGUGUCAGAAGUUACACAUAAUAGAAUAGUUUGCCAAAAGAAUGAAGAGAUUAAAACUUUGAAUGAAAAGAUAAAAAAACUUCAAGAGGAUGUAAGUGAUCAAAAAAGAUUACGUGCUUCAUUACAAUCUUUAAUUGAUGAUUGUAGAGUAAAGGUUUUAGAAUAUGAAGAACAUUUCCAUCGUGCACAGUCUUUAGAAAAUUUUGCAAAGAAACAAUUGAUAAUUGCCAUUUCAUUAAACUUUGAAAGUAAUUUCUCAUUUGCUAUCGCUUCACAUCUAUUGAAAGGUUUGAAAUAUCCAUCAACUAAAACUACAACUUCACGUCUUUUAACAACCUUUAUGACAAUCACUGCAAAGAAAUCAAGUGGUAGUGCAAUUUUAGGUUAUUUGACUGCCUUGCUAAUAACAGAGGGUGAAGUUAGUAAUUUGGAUCAAAUUAUGCAAUUGGCAAGUGAUGGUGGUACAUCGAAUCAUAGUACCAAUAGAACAACUACCUCUCAAACUCUUCAUAUUCUAUUCAACGAUCAUAUGGUCCCAGAUGUUGACCAUGCAAGUUUAUUAUUCACUUUCUUGGUAACCAUCCUUUCACAUACCGAUCGUGAACACGAACAACUUUUCAUUUAUGAAGCUUUGAAAGAGGGUGUUCAAUUUAUGCCACAAGCUUUCCCUGUCAUCUAUAAAUCCUUUAUUCCAAAAUUAUCAUCGGUUAUCUCCUCUUCUCAAAUUGAGAAAAUGAUGUCUGCUUCCUUAUCCAUUAUGGAACAUAUGUUUUCAAUUGAACCACCAAAAUCUGAAAUGGUCGCUCCACAUUUAGCAUCCUCACCACCAUUGAGCUCUUCACCACCAUUAAGUUCUUCAAAUUCUUCAGUUUCCUCAUUGUCAAGUAGUAAUAAUAAUAUCAGUGUUGGUAGUAAUGGUGCCAAUGGUGGUAGUCAAUUAAAUUUAGCAAAUGGUAAUCAUCAUCUCUAUGGUAUUGCUCACUUAAAGAAAUUAGGUUUCCAAGGUUUACCAGAUUGUGGUUCAGGUUUCAAUAGACCUUCAACUCAAUCAAUUAAUGAUUCUAUCCUCAAAACUUUAGCUGAAUUAUUAAAUCAAAUUUCUUCACAACAACUCAAACAUUAA